CGAAAAGACAUCAUACUGUGUAUUUAGUAUCGAACUUCCAUAAACAUGAGCGUUAAGGUCUUUGUAAUUGUAGCAACUUUUCUGGGAAAAUCGUUUGGAUUGCCUUUUGACUCCAACACAUCUGCAAUUGUUAGAACAGAAUUGCCUGAUAUACAUAAACCUGUGACAUUAGGGAGUACCCCUUAUCUACCGUUACUGAAAUUCAAUGACACUGUUUACUAUUAUGGGGUAAUUUUAGGGGGUACCGCGGCUCAAGUUGAACUUUUCUGUAGUUACCACAACAUGCAGUUGGUUAGCAUUCAGACCUUUGAAGAGAGUCAAAAUUUAAUUGCUGGACUGGAAUCUUUCUUGCAAGUUACAGAGAACAUGGUAUUUUGGACAUCAGGCAAAAAGUUUGGCAACAGCUGGAGAUGGGAGUCUACUGGCCGACCGGCACAUUACACAAAUUGGGCUAAAGGAGAACCGAACAACUCUGGUGGAAAUGAGACAUGCAUUGAAGUACUUUUCAACAGCGCCCUUAAGACGUUAGAGUGGAAUGACAAAAAUUGCGAAGCUGUUAACUAUUUUAUAUGCGAAAGUAGAGACUAAUAAAUCCAACAUUUUAACACUUUGAGUGCCAUGUGAAGCAGCGUUUGUUUCACACUUUUCUAGAUCUUGCAUGUCGGCGUACAGCAAACUUCGCUUAGCUAAAUAUUUACUUGGAGCCCUGUGCUAAUGAGCUUGUCGCACGCGGCCAUACAAUUUAUAUCACAGUAUUAAAUUAUUAUUAUCACAAAAUAGAAAUGAGAAGAGUGCAAUACUAUAACCUCAUCUGCCAAAGGAAAGGUUGUCUAUGAACAAGUAACAAAAUACGAAAAAUGAAAACAAAAUGCUCAUAGCUAUAAAGUGUUUUCACUAUUACACCUAUCAUAAAACACUUUGAAGCUAUUAAAUGACGUAGCAAUAACCAACCUGUCUGGUAGACUGUUUCAAGAGUUGAAUACGCGAUUGAGGAGAUACCAUUGACUUUCUAAACGGCUCCUUUUGCAGUUUAAAGCUGUCGCGGAUAUUGCUGCGCGGCAGUUGAUGAGAUUUCUGCCGCGCACAAGCAGUUUCCCGUACAGGACAAGCAAAUUCAAGAAUUGUCCCUACAAAUGUUUUGUAAAUGAAGGCCCAAGUGUUGACGUCAGAUCCUAAGACCUCUCCAUCAUGUAUAGAAGCUAGAAUGUGUGGCAUGAGGGUACUAACUAUGUGUUUGGCCUGUUAUCACGCAAGGAAUUGAUACUAGAUCUAAUAAUUUUUGUUUUUCACCUAUUGGUACAAGCCAUAUCAUAGAAGUAAACCAAAGCUAUAUUCAUGGUAGCACAAUGUGUUCUAAUGUUGAAGCCUUUUUCUGGACUUCCUUGCUACCCAAAAUCUUAGCAUUUUCUUAUAGGAUUUCAACGCCUUCUUUGUUUAGUCAUUUGUAAAAUGUGGUUAUCUGGAUAAUUCAUGGUAGCAUUGUUAGCUUCGCUUUCAUCCAGUUGAUGAGCUCGUAUAGUAACUCUUUGAAUCCUGCAAUACUUAUUGUAUUCUUU